AUGGAUGCCAGGACUCGAUCCCACAACGAUUAUACGGUCGGAUGGAUAUGCGCCUUGCCAGUGGAGACGGCGGCUGCAAAGCUGAUGCUUGACAAAAUACACCCGCCUUUACGUCGCCUGCCAAUGGACCAAAAUGCAUACAUUUUUGGAAACAUCGGAGAACACAAUGUCGUCAUUACUACCUUACCAACUGGCGCAUACGGAACUACAUCAGUCGCAACGGUUGGGAUGCAGUUACUCUCUAGUUUCCACGCUAUCCGCUUCGGCUUGAUGGUCGGUAUCGGCGGCGGAGUACCUAGCAGCUAUGCAGACAUUCGACUCGGGGAUAUUGUAGUGAGCCAGCCGACGGAGACUUCCGGAGGCGUGAUCCAGUACGAUUUAGGUAAAGCACUGAGCGGCGGGCAAUUUAAGCGAACUGGAAUGCUCAAUCGACCACCUAAGGUUCUAUUGACCGCUCUCGCGACUCUCCAGGCGCAUCACCUCACGGAAGAUAGCCAGGCUGUCGGAUUUAUCUCUAAUCUGCAAGCCAAAUUAUCGCCCCACAAAGCUACUAAAUUCACGCGACCGACGCAAGAGGACUGUCUAUUCCAAGCAGAGUAUGACCAUGCCAUAUCUGAUACGUGUAUUGAUUGCGAUCGAUCUAGAUUGGUCUCACGAACCCAACGAGAGCACCAAGAACCAGUAAUUCACUACGGACUCAUCGGAUCGGCAAAUCAGGUGAUAAAGGAUGGCAGGCGGCGAGAUCAGCUAGCUCGGGACUUGGAUAUAUAUUGUGUGGAGAUGGAAGCGGCAGGACUUAUGAAUGACUUUCCGUGUUUGGUUAUUCGUGGCAUCUGCGACUACGCCGACUCACACAAGAAUAAAGAAUGGCAAGGGUAUGCCGCGGCGGCGGCGGCAGCCUAUGCGAAAGAGCUUCUCUUGGUGAUUGCAGUCGAUCAGAUUAACUGCACACCAACUGCAAGAGACACACUCGCAGACUCUGUUCGCCGCUUUGAUGUCCUUUUAGACCUAACGGCUGUGCCAGUAAUUGAAAACUUCGUGGGACGGCAAGGCGAGCUAGAACAACUCUGGCAGUAUUUACAGCCCAGGGAUUCCCAGUCACGAAAGGUUGCAAUUAUUCAUGGGCUUGGGGGGAUGGGAAAAACACAAUUAGCUAUUCGUUUCGCACGAGAUCACAAACAUGAUUUCACUGCCAUUUUCUGGCUGAGUGGUAAGGACCGAGGCACGCUAUUACAAUCCUUGAGCUCUAUCUUGCCCCGAUUACCAGAACAGUCAUCUACUGACGAGGCAAUGAAUGACGAGGAGGUGAAGCAACGAGCUAGACAAGUGUUAAAGUGGCUAGCAGUAGAGGGAAACUCACGCUGGCUAAUCAUUUUCGACAACAUUGACCAAUACUUCCCAUUCAAAGGCCCCAUUGGCGAUGCAUAUGAUAUUGCUGAUUUCAUCCCUGGAGCCGACCACGGCUCUAUUAUUAUGACUACUCGGCUACAAGGGUUGACAGAGCUAGGACAGUCAUUUCCUCUCUAUAAACUUAACCCUAAGGAUGCGAUUCCGCUACUCUUACAAAGCAGCCGCAUAUCACGGAAGAAUAUAGCUAAGGAGAUUGAGAGCCAUCCAGAUACUGUUGCUCUUGCGAACCGUCUAGAUGGACUUCCACUAGCAAUCGCUAUUGCCGGAGCGUUCAUGCGUGAAACUGGAACCAGUGUUCAUGAGUACUUACAGUAUUACCAAUCAUCUUGGUCCGACCUACAGCUGCAAUCAAAUCCUGAACGCCAGUACCAGCAAGGUAAUAUGCUGCAAACAUGGAUGAUCUCAUAUCGCGAGAUUCAGAAGCGCGACCCGAACGCAGCAGCACUGCUACUGUUUCUUGCUCAUUUUGAUAAUCGGGAUAUCUGGUAUGAAUUGAUACAAAGCAGCCACCAUAGCUCAAGUGCCCCGAUCUGGCUGAAAAGGACAAUAUCAAGUGCACUAGCGUUCAAAGCCGGUAUGAAGACCCUAGUUGGGCUUUCUUUUCUUGAGACUAAGGAACAAAGCGGAAGCUAUAUGAUGCACCCAGUGAUACAAGACUGGUGCAUUCAUCUUGCCAGCAGAGAGAAGAAUGUGGAUCCUCUCCAUCUUAACGCACUAGCGCUUAUGUCUGUUGGGUACACUGUUCCCAGGGUGGGUGACAGAAAGUAUCUCGAGCUUCAGCAGCGGCUUCUGCCGCACGCGAAAUAUGUGGGCCAUAAGGACUGGUCAGAGGAAAAUAUCAGAGUAUGGGAAGCGUUGCAUCGAUUAGGAAAUCUCUUCCAUGCCCAGGGAAAGCUUGACGAUUCGGUUGAGAUGUACCAGAAAUCACUGGCUGGCAAGGAGAGAGUCUUAGGUCAAAAUCAUCCUUCCACGCUUGAUACAGUCAGCGAUCUGGGGAACCUCUAUAGAGAGCGGGGGAAGCUUGAGGAGGUGGAAGAUAUUUACCGGCGAGCAAUAGCUGGCUAUAAAGAGGCUCUCGGUCCGGAUCACCCAUCUACUUUUAAAGCAGUCGGCAACCUCGGGAAUCUCUACAGAGAUCAGGGGAAACUUGAGGAGGCUGAGGAGAUGUACCAGCAAGCACUCGCUGGCAAAGAGAGGGUCCUCGGUCGAGAAAAUACUUCCACUCUCAACACGGUCAGCAAUCUUGGAAACCUCUACAGAGAUCAGGGGAAACUUGGGCAGGCGGGGCAGAUGUAUCAACAAGCAUUGGCUGGCUAUGAGAAGAUUCUUGGUCCAGAUCAUCCAUUCUCGCUUGAUGCAGUUGGUAACCUUGGGACCCUCCACCGAGAUCAAGGCAAUCUCAAAGAGGCGGAAGAGAUGUACCAGCGAGCCCUGAUAGGCUAUGGAAAUUAUCUGAGCCAAGAUCACCCUUCUAUUCUCACCAUAGUUGGCAACCUUGGUGGUCUUUAUAGAGAUCAAGGAAGAUUAGAAGAGGCGGAGGAGAUGUAUCAGCAAGCACUGAUUGGCAAGGAGAGAAUUCUAGGUCCAUCUCACACUUCUACUCUCAAAACAAUCAGCAAUCUCGGGAGUCUCUACAGAAAUAAGGGAAAGCUGAAGGACGCGAAGGAGAUGUACCAGCGAGCACUGGUAGGCUAUGAAAACGCCCUACAUCCAGAUCACCCCGUCACUCUGAGUAUAAUUGGCAAUCUUGAUAGUGUCUGCCGAGAAGAAAGUGAACUGGAUAAGUUAAAGGAAGCUUGCAGCGAGAACUAG